AUGCCAGCUCAUCCCGGAAACCGCCAUGGACUACAUUUGGGUGAGCUCAUCAACGAGGCCAUCUCCCAAAUCGCACCUUACUCCGGCUUGAUCUUGACUGUCACCUGCUGCAUCAUUGCCCUCAUCCGUCUUUACAUCCUCGACCGUUUCAUUCCGAAGAUAUACUCGCGCAAUGUCCUCCGCGACGUAACGAGCACCCAGCUGCGCAGCUUCACAAAUCACCACAUUGCCGCAGGCACAAAGAUUUUGCUCAUCUUCCUAUGCGGCUACCCACUUCUCGCCAUCAUCUGUGGCAAUAAGACGCCGCAUACUCCCUUCGCCAAGGGCUCCUCCGUCACCCUUGGAGAUAUGAUGAUCGUCUCUUCCCAGAUUUUUUGCGGCAUGUACAUCUUUGAGCUCUUCUUCCGCGAAAAGGUCUCCGUCAUCAGCUGCGCCCACCACAUCGGUGCCAUUGUCAUUGCUCAGGCCGCAAUUGCCAUGAGCAUCAACUUCGACCACGAAAAAGACGCUGUGUACGAGUUCAUUCUCUGCUUCAUCUGGGGUGCAUUUGACGUCGUUGCCGAGCUUUGGCCUCAUUUGGCCAUGAUUAUUUAUCGAACCCACAACGAUAACCACAGGCUCCUGGCCAGAAUAUUUUACGCAACGGCUAUUUUGGAAGUUGUUGGAACGACCACCGAAACUAUCAUCGUCAUGUUUCUCUUUGGUUCUCUCUGGGACAAGUGGUCCCUCUCGCUCAAGAUUACAACACCGUUCCUGCACACGUUAUUCUCGGCCGCCCAACUUUGGGGUGUCUGGAUCUUUUAUAAGAUGGGCAAGGAUCAGCAAAGGAAGAUGCAGAAGAAGAGUGAGGAAAAGCGUCCCAAUUCGGGCGACACUGCAGCUGGAAUCGUUUAA